AUGGACGCCCUCAAGAACAUCGUCAACAAUGUCCCCGAAUGGCUGGACCGCCUGGACCAGCUCGGGGAACAGAUCGAUCAGCGCCAGAUCGAGCUUGCAGCGCUCGGCGCCGACAAGUCGUCGCGAUCAAUCAAGAACCGCGGAUCUACCGAAUCCCUCAAAUUGAAAGACGAAAUACCCGAUGCCAUCUCCCCACCCGCUGACGGAGCUCCCACGAAAGAGGCAAGCGCACAACGACCCGUUGUGGUCACGACGCCAAUCAAAGAUGGGCCGACGACAAACGAUGAGCCUUCCAGCCCUAGCAGCGGAACACCUUCAGCCCUCAAAAAGCAAACUCGACAAGCAAUGGCUUUGGCACAAGCUCGCGCCCGUGCUGUUGUCGAGAAGAGACCUCGUCCGGACUCAGUCAUGUCAACCGAAGAGGACGCUCCGGCCAAGUACCGCUCGCGUAAACUCGUCCUCGUCUACUACGACUCAUACGUAGAAAGCUUCUUCGAGGAGCUGGUCAAAUUUGUAUCGGCAAGCCGGAACUUGAUGCGGAAGGCGAAGAUGGCAGCAAAGGUGGCUACAAUACGCCGGCUGGCGGAACGAGAGCAGCCUGAGGAAGACGACGCGAUCAGUGCUGGGGAUCUUCAGCCCGACACCACUGACGGUGCUGGCGCCGCCUCCGAUGCGUUACCUUCUUUGCGGUACAUGAGCACAAGGCGGAUGGGUCCCAACGGUCGGAAGGGACCUACAUAUACACGAGCUGGCCAGGGUGAUGCCAUGAUGAGCGACAGCGGGCCGGACGCCUACGACGAGCUUGACAAGUGCCUUGAGUACAUUCAAAACCAGUCUGAACGUGCCGCUCACCAAUUUCUGCGCGAUGGAGAUUGUACGGAGGAGAUCGGCAACAUUCAACGGCGGCUUGCGGAGACCAAAGAGCUGGCCAAAAAGGAGAUGGAACGAGUCGAGAAGGAAGAGCCCGAGCUACUAAAGGCCACCAGCGAGGCGAAUAAGGUGCGGACUCUUCGACCGACGAGCAUGCGCCGGGAGCUCACGGCCGGCAAGGACAGCAACCCGCCCAUCACGCCCAUGAAGGUUGAGGUUGACUCCAAGCUCGAGGCGGAAAGCAAAACGUCGGCCACCCAGACGGUUGAAGUUGACAUGUCCAAGCCUCUAGAGGCGGACGAUACGCCCAUCGAGGCGGAUGAUGAGGGAAUUGACGACAUGGAAAUCACAUUGCCACCAAGGUUGAAUUAUCGAUCUACCAGGGCGAUGCGGGGCUGA